GCACCACGACUUGUUUACGCCCAUGCUGUAUAAUGUAUACAGCUGCGCCCACUGAAAUAAACAAGGAAAACGUGUUUCAGGAAAAUAUGUUAAAUCCAUUGUAAGACACGAGGUGCACACUAAACAACGUUUCAAGGUGAAGGGACUCUUUGUGGGCAGAGUACCAUUCGUUGAUGAAAAUGAGUGAACCAGACACCAGAACAAACACUACGGGACCAAACCCAAAAGAAAACAGUAUUCCCGUCCCAGAGGAUACUCCAAACCCAGCAAAGCAAGAGGACAAUACCAUACCAACAGAGGAAACUUCCAAUCCCAAACCGGAAGUAACCUCUAAUCCCACACCGGAAGUAACCUCUAAUCCCACACCGGAAGUAACCUCAAAUCCCACACCGGAAGUAACCACUCAUCCAUCACCGGAAGUAACCUCUAACCCUCCACCAGAUGAACAACAAACAGAAGACUCAAACAACCAACCAGCUACCGAAACAACCGUCACAGAAACAACAGACCCUCGUCCUACAGAUUCCUCCAAUUCUGUUCCAAAUGGAGAGGAGUGUAAUCCUAUAGAGAAGGGUCAACCCCUGCCCGUAGAGAAUGAACCCUCACCGACGGCCCUCCAGCGUCACAUCUCCGUGCCUACAAAGUCUUCGGAAGAGAAGCGAGAGUUCUACCGCGAGAUCCUGUCACCGUGUGGGGAACUGUCUCAAGCCUUGAAGGAGAAGGCCGAGUCGGAACUAAAUGAGACAGAUGCUGUUCGGAGUGAGAAGAUGCUGGAACUGAGGAAGAUGCUGAUGGAUGAGGAUGACACGGAGAAGGGGGACGCUGUGUCGGAGUACUUUGGGGGAAAGGAGGACAAAUAUUUAAUGAGGUUCCUCCGGACGAAGAAGUUUGACGUGAAGAAGACGUAUGACAUGAUGGAAGCGUAUGUAAAGUUCAGGUCGAAAUACCAGUCCAUCACUGACCAGCUGACCUUCAACGGGGUGCGCCACGCCCUUGAGGAAUCGUUCCCCGGGGUGCUUCCGGUCAAAGACAAACAGGGCCAUGUGGUGAUCAUUUACGACACUGGGUCGUGGGACCACGACAAACUCUCCUUUGACGAGAUGUUGGCGAGCUUCUUGUUCCUCCUCGAGAACCUGGUUGAGAAUGAGGAGAACCAGAUCCGGGGCUUUGUUGUCUUGGAAACGUAUGAAGAUUACCACAUCACCCAAGCGAUGCGGAUGAAAGCGUCGGACAUCAAGAAGCUUGUGGAUAUGCUGCAGGGAGCAUUUCCGGGUCGGUUCAAGGGUUUCCACGUUAUACGGCAGCCAUGGUACUUUAGCAUGGUGAUGGCACUGGCAAGACCCUUCAUGAGGAACAAGUUAGCGUCCAGGAUUUUCGUCCACGGUAACAAUUUGAAGAAGUUGUAUGAAUGGAUCAGCCCCGAGCACCUGCCGGAGAGGUACGGAGGUAUCGGGGAGGACUACGACCCUCAGCCGCUGAUUGACGAACUCCGGGACAGCCUUCUACAGAGGGGAGCUCAGACACUGUAACGACAGGUAGACGGUGUAACGACAGGUAGACGCUGUAACGGCAGCUAGACAGUGUAACGACAGGUAGACAGUGUAACGACAGCUAGACAGUGUAACGACAGGUAGACAGUGUAACGACAGCUAGACGGUGUAACGACAGGUAGACGCUGUAACGACAGCUAGACAGUGUAACGACAGGUAGACAGUGUAACGACAGGUAGACAGUGUAACGACAGGUAGACAGUGUAACGACAGGUAGACGGUGUAACGACAGCUAGACACUGUAACGACAGCUAGACAGUGUAACAACAGCUAGACACUGUAAGGACAGCUAGACGGUGUAACAACAGCUAGACAGUGUAACGACAGGUAGACAGUAUAACGACAGGUAGACAGCGUAAAGACAGCUAGACGUUGUAACAACAGGUAGACAGUGUAACAACAGCUAGACACUGUAACGACAGCUAGACGGUGUAACAACAGAUAGAUAGUGUUACAACAGAUAUACAGUGUAACAACAGGUAGACAGUGUAACAACAGCUAGACAGUGUAACGACAGCUAGACAGUGUAACAACAGCAAGACGGUGUAACGACAGGUAGACGCUGUAACAACAGGUAGACGCUGUAACGACAGGUAGACGCUGUAACAACAGGUAGACAGUGUAACAACAGCUAGACAGUGUAACAACAGCUAGACACUGUAACGACAGCUAGACACUGUAACAACAGCUAGACACUGUAACGACAGGUAGACGGUGUAACGACAGGUAGACAGUGUAACGACAGGUAGACAGUGUAACGACAGGUAGACAGUGUAACGACAGGUAGACGGUGUAACGACAGGUAGACAGUGUAACGACAGGUAGACAGUGUAACGACAGGUAGACGGUGUAACGACAGCUAGACGGUGUAACGACAGCUAGACGGUGUAACGACAGGUAGACAGUGUAACGACUGAGCGACAUAGUGAAUACUAUAGGCGAGUGGACUUGUCGAAGCUCUUCCUGUUUCCUGUUUGGAAACACCGAAAUCCGACUUUUUUUUAACUGUCAACACUGAUGGCGAUGAUAAGUUUGUGACGCCAUCACGUCAUGGAUUCUUGGACAAGAGACAACAACAGAUGGUGCAAUACACACAUAUUGGGUGAGGGAUUGGGUUAAGUGAAGCGGUCGCAACAUCAAACUGAUACAGAGACCGCCUGGCCGUAAAAUUGCCGUUUGAAUUAUUUAUUUCAAUGAAAUACCACAAAAAAAGAUGGGAAUGUUUGACAGAAAAAAACCCAGUAACCAUUUCAUUGCUUUAAUGAGAUUAAACCGAAUGUGAUUAAAACCGAAUGAAAACAAUGUUUAUCUGUGAUGAAGGAAAGGGCUUAGUCGUCAAAGGCAAUAGAAUUAGCUGUUGAGAGUUGCGUCCCUUAGUUGUACCAGGAUCCGACUAUGCUUCUUGUCUGACAGCUCUAUACCAGUGAUCGAACGUUUCAUUAAAUCGCUAAACAACAUCCGUCACGUUGAGCUUUCCGUCCAUAUUAAGCUGACACGCCAUGAUAAAACUGAAUAUUGAUCAACACGAUGUUUAACAAACGUGUUUUCUAUUACCUCGAUCGGAAGACCUAUAUUAAAUGCAGUGAUUAUCUCUUAUCUGUGUUCAGUUUGUUUGCUGUACCCUGUAAUGGAACAAGAUGGAAACAUGAACCUCAACUUAACAUGUUGAUUACCGAGGUGAUGUUAGUGAGUGAGUGAAUAUGGUUUUACGCCGCUUUGAAUAAUCCAGCAAUAUCACGUCGGGGACACCAGAAAUGGGCUUCACAUUGUACCCAUGUCGGGAACCGAAGAGGUAAUGUUAAAUAUUGCAGAAAUGAAAUGUAAAUAAUGAAAUGGAAUAUAUAUAAAGAAAUUCACAAAAUAAUUACACGACACAUUGUUCUACAUGUUUCAGCCUUAUCAUCAGGGAGACACGGAACUUUCGAUAUGCGAUAUGUACACCAGUGUACACCACUUUAUGUAUAUAUAGAAAUAAAUAGUAUUCACAA